GAUGACAUCUGUGGAUACUAGCUUUACUGUUCAAGUGAAAUAAACGCACGUCUGUCAUUUUGUGAGACAAAAUGUCUAUAACAACCUGCCAGAAGGUUACCCUUAUAUCCUGCUCUGUUCUCUGUGUUUCUCUCUUCCUGCCCAGAAUGCUUUUACCCAGAAGGACAAAGGAGACGGGUCGGCCGGAGGUUGGACCUGGGUUCUACCCUCCUGUGAUCCACCGGCUGUCAUCACCAGAGGACCCGAAACGGUGGGGUGUGGACCCCUCGUACUCCACGACACACAGCGCAGAGGCCGUGGCCAAAAUGAAUGUCAUCGGGCGAGGCAAAAAAUACAACCUGAUGGCUCAAGUCAUACCCAUAUAUGGCUUUGGGAUACUUCUUUACAUCUUCUACAUAAUCUAUAAGCUGACAUGUAAGGUGAAGACUACUGAAUCAGAAAACCACACGACAGGUAUCAAAUCAAACAUAGAGAAUACGAUUAUACCUGAUUAUCAGCUGGUCAGGCUACAAGAGAGGCUUCUGCAAACCGAAAGGAAGAUGGAGAGAAUUGUCUCUGGAAAGAGUCGAGGUUCUGGGAGUGGCAGAAGGAGGAAGAGUAAAACUUGUACUUCAAAGAAGGAGGAGAAAUUACUCAAACAACUCAGACAGAUAACGCUGCUGAUCCAAGAAAGCCGGCUGGAGACAGACUCCCCAGAGAUGGAGGCUGAGGAGGUCCCCUACUGUGUCGACUGGGAAGGCUACCCAGAGGAGACCUACCCAGAGUAUGAAGAGCCCUAUAAAAGACGAGGAUUCAACAUCUUUACACUAGAGGAACCCCCCCGCCAGCUCACCGCCGAGGCCAUGGCCGAGAGGAUGGAGCAAGAGGAGGAGGAUAAUAUGGCAAGGAAACUAUCUAUUGUGGAAGAAGUAGAUGAAGAGGUGGAGGAAGAUGAGGAUAAGGAGGAAGACGUAGAGGAUGAAGAGAUGGAGGAGGAGGAGGAGGAGGAAGAGGAGGAGGAGGAGGAGGAAGAAGCAGAGGACGUAGCAGAGAUGGAGGAGGAGGAGGAGGAGGAAGAAGAAGCAGAGAAAAUGCAGUUGCUCUGUGUUCCUUUAUCGCAGCCUUCUGCAGAAAGAAAGAACGAGAGAUUAGGUCUGGAGGUAAGCGAGGAGUUACAAUGUCUCAAUGGAGGGAAGAAGCAAAUUAGUUUUAGUGACCACAACGCUGUGUUCUGCUACCCAAAAGACGGUACUUAUGAAGAGGUGGACGGGGAUGAGGAGGGGGAUGAUGAUGAGGGUACAGAGGUGGAUGAGGAGGAGGAGGAAGCGGAUGAAGAAGAUCCAGUGAUGGAGGCGGAGAGCCUGCAGUUCAGCUGCGAGGGUUGUCCCAACCCGGAGGAGGAAGCGGAGGAGGACAACGAGGACUAUUUGUUUCUGUCGGUGCCUGUGGACGACGGUCACGCAGAAAUGCCCAGAGAAGUAGGGUCGAGUGGGCUGAGGAUGCGGAACAGGAGGGAGACAUAAAGAACCUUUUGAAAAUACUUGAUGUUCCCCGAAUUGUAUGUUUAUUAUCCCUGAUCCCUAAUGUGUGUAAAACAUAGACCGAGAGCUAAAUAGACAGGUGCAAUGUGUGAACGCGUAGUUUCCUACAAAUAGUAACAACAACAACCAUCACUCUCAUUGGCUGAGUUACUCUUUUAGUCAGACAAUUGCUCAUGCGUUCUACAGAAGUCACGGGUGCUCACAUCAGCAACUGAGAAAGAAGGCUUUGCUAAAUAAAAAGUGGUGAAGUAGUAGAAACUUUGACUAAUCUGUCGUGCAUUAUCUGGCUUCACCUGGUGGUCCAAUAGGGUUCUCACAGGUGUUGAGAGGUCUCUGUGGUGCAGUAAUGCAGCAUAACACCUUAGAAUAAAAAGGGACCUUUAUAAAUAACAUCCGGGGGAGCAUCCCAAUCACCCCAAUGGAAAUCGCCAUAGUAACGAGAACCAGCGUGCACACAAACAGAAUGGGCAGGUAGAUUGUAAGAUAUAAAUAGUGCCAAUAGUGUAUUGUAGUCAAAUUUCAAAUUACAGUCAAUACAGCAUAACUUUUCUACUGCCAACAUAAAGUCAUUAGGUGCUGGUAAACUUUAUUAAAUACUAAGAAAUUCAUCCAUCUUGCUUGAACCAGCACAAGAACAGAGAUUAACUGCAGUCCAUCAUGUAAGGCGAUAGUGUUUCCUUAUUACUGGAAAAAAUGAAACAUUUCCCCUGCAGCAUCAGACAAAGCAACGACAUUAUAAGAGAACAGUCCUUGUGUGAGAUUACAAGAUGAUGCUGAAUGACGGACAUUGUUUUCAACAGCCUCGCCGUGCUCACAGCGAAUAUGUGUCUUAAACCAGUAUACCAGUAUUUGAAUUGUCCUACACAGGUGUGAUUUCUAAUAACAAAAGGUGCAAUCCAUUAAGGUGUCCCGUGCCAGAGCGCCGGCAUUGUACUCGCUUGCUAGCUUACAAUCAAAACUCAAAUUGCUUUAAUAGUUACACCUACGCUUCUUCUAGUGUGACUAGUCAAAAUGUCAGCUGUAUGAAAGGGCCACUGUAAUUAUUUUUUUCUGACAUUUGUAAGGAACAUUGCCAUUCUAAAAGGACUUUUGAAUAAUAUAUCCAAUUGUUUA